AGAAGGAUAGCAUUUCCCAUCCGGAAUGAUAGGAGGGAGGGAGAAAGGGAGGUGUGUUGGGGGUUUGGGCAGUCAGAUUCUGGUUUGGUGAGUUUUAGGAGACGGCAGUGUGUACACCAUACACAGAUCAAGAGAGGGAGAGAGAGAGAGAGAGAGAGAGAGAGAGAGACAGAGACAGAGAGACGGACAGACGGAGUGGAAGAUAAAGAGAGGUUCUCUGACAUGAAAAGAGACGGAAGCAAGGACUAAGUACCUGAACACGAGUUAAAGUGUUUGGAAAGUUUAAGUGACGGACAGCGAAGCUCCAGCAGCAGCAGCAGCAGCAGCUUCACUUACCAUCAUGCAACCCUGACUUGGAUGACGCGUCAGCUAUGGUGUGCUAAAGGAGGCACCCUGAUAGCGAACGAGAGGCCGGAGAGAACCUGACAGACAAGCGCAAAGGAGGAGAGGAAGAGGAAGGAAAGAUGAGAAAGUGACAGGCUGGAUCGUUGCUUUUGAACGGUAGCAGAACAACCUACAGCGACUACACGUCCCAUCAUCCUACAGGCCCCAGAUCUGAUUGGAGGGUUUUGUCAGAAUGACAGCCGAAGAUCCUGCUUCCUCCUUGACCAUGAGCAAUAACUCUGCCCCCUCCAAGCCUUCAAAACCCUCCAAACCCUCCUCUGGUGCCUCCCAUCACUCUCUCCAUGGACAGAUCAACAUCCCUGAGGGUGUUGCAGGUGCUCCCAAUGAGGCUGCACUGGUGGCCCUGAUGGAGCGCACUGGCUACAGUAUGGUCCAAGAAAAUGGUCAGCGUAAAUAUGGCCCUCCUCCUGGCUGGAGUGCUCCAUCUCCUCCACGGGGAUGUGAAAUCUUUGUGGGCAAAAUCCCGCGGGACGUUUAUGAGGAUGAGCUUGUCCCGGUGUUUGAGUCCGUAGGACGUAUCUAUGAGAUGCGGCUGAUGAUGGACUUUGAUGGGAAGAACCGAGGGUAUGCAUUUGUGAUGUACACAGAGAAACAUGAGGCCAAACGUGCUGUGCGGGAGCUCAACAACUAUGAGGUGCGGCCCGGGCGGCUACUGGGGGUCUGCUCCUCUGUGGACAACUGCCGUCUUUUCAUUGGUGGCAUCCCCAAGACCAAAAAGCGUGAGGAGAUUCUGGAGGAAGUUUCUAAGGUGACGGAAGGUGUACUGGAUGUGAUAGUUUAUGCCAGCGCUGCAGACAAGAUGAAGAACCGUGGCUUUGCCUUUGUAGAGUAUGAGUCACAUCGUGCGGCCGCCAUGGCUCGCAGGAAGCUGAUGCCUGGACGUAUUCAGCUGUGGGGUCACCAGAUCGCAGUGGACUGGGCUGAACCAGAGAUUGAUGUGGACGAAGACGUGAUGGAGACAGUGAAGAUCCUCUACGUCAGGAAUCUAAUGAUGGAGACCAGUGAGGAGACUAUUAGACAGGUAUUCAGCCAGUGGAACCCUGGAUGUGUUGAGCGCGUGAAGAAAAUCCGUGACUAUGCCUUUGUCCACUUUACCUCCCGGGAUGAUGCCGUCCUGGCCAUGGACCACCUCAAUGGGACAGAGGUGGAAGGGUCCUGUAUCGAGGUGACGCUCGCUAAGCCAGUUGACAAAGAGCAAUACUCACGUCAGAAGGCCUCUAAGGGUGGAGCUGCUGCCACUCCAGAGGCUACUCAGCAGAACUACGUAUACCAGUGUGAUCCCUACACAUUGGCUUACUAUGGUUAUCCCUACAACACCCUCAUUGGACCCAACAGGGACUACUUCGUCAAAGGAUCCCCAAUGAUACAGAACAAUGCAGGUACUGUGCGAGGUCGUGGUCGUGCUGCUGCAGGUAACCGUACCCCUGGGCCAAGGGGGUCAUACCUGGGGGGUUACUCUGCCGGUCGUGGCAUCUACAGCCGCUACCAUGAGGGCAAGACCAAGCAGCCCGAAAAGUCCUAUGAGCUGAUGCCCAGUCUGGAGCUCGCUGCCUCUGUCAACCCAGUUGGCAUCAAACCUGGCACAAUGGCAUUGCCGACUCUGAGUGGGCAGUACCCGGUGUUCAGUGCGGCUCCUGCAGCCAAGCUAAUGGAAGAGGGGAAGGUGCACACGGUGGAGCACCUUAUCAACCCUCUGGCCAUGCAACACCCCGAACACGCCUCCGCUACUGCUGCUGCUGCUGCUGCUACCGUCCUACCUGCGGUCUCUACCCCCCCACCUUUCCAGGGGCGUCCAAUCACUCCUGUUUAUGCCAUGGCCCACAAUGUACAGCGUAUCCCAGCAGCUGGUGGCCUGUAUGGAGCUGGAUACGUUCCCAUCACUAACUAUGCUGCCAACACAGCAGCUCUAGCUGCUCUGCAGAAGAAUGCAGCGGUGGCAGCUGCAGCAUAUGGUGGCUACACCGGCUAUGCUGUGCCGCAGGCCUUCCCCGCCACGGCCUUCCAGCUGCCCAUCCACGAUGUCUAUCAGACAUACUGAAAAAAGAAAACGACAAAAAAGUUAUCCUGCCUGUGACUGAACGACCACCGCAACAUCUCAAAAGUGUCUGUCUCUAAAGGAAUGCCCUUUGAAGCAAAUGUUCAGAACACAGACAGUGACAAAAUGACAAUCUGACAUCUCAUAUGUGUCCCGCCUUCUGGACCCAGUAUAUCCAGGACCCAAGGCAGCCAUAGGACAGGCUUAAUUAUGCAGCAUCACUGUUCUCUGCUGAAUAGUAUAACACAAGUAGAAGACAGUGCAGUCACUGAGGAAACCUACCUGUAUGUAGCUACAACAGUCCCCCAACAAUAUGCAUUGCUCACAACAACAACACAAAUAAUACAACCCCCUCGCUCUCUGGCUGUCAACACCUUGUUGCUAUGGCAACGAGAACGCUGAAGAUACUUUCAAGUAUUUAUGAAGAGAAGAUACAUAUUUAAGGUUCUGUUCAUUGCAGGUCUCUCUUUUUACUUUGGGGUAGUAGUAUUUGUUUUCAGAAGCAGGACAGACAGACUUUUACACUAUGUCUAAAAAAAAUUGAAAAGUGUAAAAACUUUGGAGGCAGGGGAGAAGGAAAAGUUAAUUGAAAGGAAGUUAAAAUACAACAGGAACUACUGACAAAUGAGGAUAUAAUUGAAGACAGCUGUCUUUGGAUAUACUAAUGUUUUUUUUUUUUGUUUUUUUUUUUCAUUAAUAUAUAGCGUUCUAGCCAGUUUUACAUGCUGUAGGUGAUGCUGUCCGUCCAUGCUGGUUGAAUGUGUAUGCUUCAAACACACCUGUCUGGUACUUUUUGGUUUAUUUAGUUUUUAUUUGUGUUUUUGGUUGUUUUAAAUGAAGGUUUUUGCCUAUAAUUAGUUUGCUUAUUUUUAUGUCUCCGCUUUAACUUUUGGAAACACAUAGUAUAUCUUGGUUUGUUCAAAGAAAAGUAGCCGGCUUACUAAUAUUAUCGUGACAGAUUCCCUGGGGGAGAAAUAAUAGAGAAAGAAAACUUUUUUUCAAUAAUGGGCUACGUGGCUUAUGUAUAAGCCUUAUUGAAAGUGACAUCAUGUACAUGGAGAUGUUUCCCGUCCUCUGAAACUACGCUGGCAGGGGACUAAGACUGAACCGUUAUUAGAUGUUUUUUUCUCAUUUAUAUAUGUUUUUAUUAUUGUUUUUGAAUUGUUUGACUCUUGUAAGGUGAACAAAUAUGGACAGAAAUGAGAGACAUUUUUCUAUAUGGACUGGAGCACUCUGUCUCAUGAAGUGCUCCUGCAUUUGCCACUGCUAACCAAAAGAACUUAUGGCUACAUACACUCCAGUCUUAUGACAUUAGAAAACUUCUCUUGGCCUGACUACAGUGCCUUACAUCUGCAUGUAUGUGCUAUUCUAUUCUUUUCACUGUGCCUUUCAUAACAAAGCUAAGUCUGUGUGGUUGGCACUAAGAGGAAAAGACUUCCAUCUGUGCAAAGCACCAGAGUCUUUUCCAUUCAUAUUUUUAAUGAAACAAAUUUGUGGUAUUACUGUAUUUUGGUGAGACAAGUAGGUUUCAAUCUCUGCAGUCGGAUGUGACAAGGCUACCUCUCUCCUGUAGUCUCCUCUCUGGAAGAUCCUGCAGUAACACUCCGUAUUUUUUCUCCUCUUUAUUUCUUGUCCUCCAAACUGUGCUUGACCGAGGUGCACUUAAACGUAUUUAUGAAAGGCAAGAGAUUGCCACUUUCAGAUGAAGAGAUAUUAAAUACUGAGCAUGAAUUCAUGUGUGAACAGGGCUAGUUGGCGUUUCUCACUGUCUGUGUCGCAGAUAAAGCAGGAAACAGAAAAUAACCCCUAUGAAUGUUUAGAAGGCACUUUUAAAACUCUGCAGUGUGUUGAAAACAAGUGUAAAACUGAACUGGGAAUAACUGGAGCAAUACCUCAUGCUGAAAUAUACAAGUAGCUAUGCAUGUAUUGUAUGUACUACAACACACAAACACAACAGAUGCAAGAAGUCACUGAUCAUGAAGUCACACUCCACAACAUCCACCUUUAUAUUUAUAUAAACAUACAAAACAUUUGUAUGCUGGCUUGUAUUUGUAAACCAGUAGUAAACAACUAGUAGUUUUAAAUGUUGCAAUCCCAAUUUUUUUUCAUUCACUGUGUUUGAGGGGAUUAUAGUUGCAAAUUUUCCAUCAACUCCUCAGUUUGUCAGUUUGACUCUGGUGAUGCCCUGGAUUUUGAGGUUGUGAAAAGGGUCACAGAAAGUUAAAUGAAAAGUCUGAUCACCCACAGCAAACAUUUUGUCUCUUCUCUCCCCUCUGAAACUGGAUUUCACUUAGAAAGCAAACUGCUGUUAACUGCUCAUAUUAUUUUCUUGUAUGAUGACAAAAAGUCAGGAUAUAUUUAAUAUAUUCAAUACGUGUGUUGUGUAUGAAGUGAGAAGAAAAGGUAUAAUAUAUUCAAAAACAUAUUUCUUUUCUUUAUUUACACCUUGUUUAGGGAUAAAAAGUCAGAGUAACAAAAGUAGAAAAAAAUAACUUUUUUUUUUUGCCAAAGUGUCCAAUAGUUUUUAAACAUUCAAGGUUAAUGUGUUUUUGUUAUGUGUAAUAUUGCAUUUGCUAUUUUGAACCAGAUUUGAUGUUAUGAGUGGGAACACAAAGGACUUCUUUUUCUGCUUCAUAUUAUCAACCAAGGCUAAAACUGGCCCACUGAAGCAUGACGACCCAGUGGCACUUUGAGCUGUUGGUGUUGCAACUCUGCUUGUCAGUUUUGGCUAAGCUAUCAAAGGUCUAAUCAUGGUUUAGCAGUCGUGAGUUAGACAGCAGACAAUUGUGUCCUUAUUGUUCUGCCUCCCACUCAAAACACCUGCUUUACUCUCUAUUGCCUGCAUUUCACCCACACUACAGCAGUAGGUGUGGGUGUUUAAUGCCUUGUUUAAUGUAGGUGUUACCAUUUAAACUCUUCUUAGUGUGUGCCUUAUUGCCAAGAUGUGCCCUUUGCCAUUCCUUUGUAGAUCUAUGCAGACUAUUUUCUAUCUGAAGGUUUGUUUAAAAAAAAAAAAGCUUGUUCGGCAUUGUCAUAUUUAUAGUGAUAAAGUAGAUUAAUAAAA